CUGCAGACGGGGAGUGACUCGGGACUUGUUUACCAGAAACCUGAAACGUCUGGCUGCUCUCACACGACGCGGACUGCAGGAUCGAGAAGACACGAGCAGUUUGUCUGAGCUCCGUGCUCAGCAUAGGCUCAUAAACACAUUUUCACUCCAUUUCGUAUAAUCAUGGACUAUUGAACCGCUGCGGCACCAGUUCCUAUUUCUCCACUUCGGUUUUGCAGAAAUGUCUGUUACUUUGCAAUUGUUUUUUCUCGGCGUGUGUUUGGUGGGCAGCAGCACCCCGUCCAGCCUCGAAGAUUGUUUGACGUCCAGUGGAGCUGGUUACAGAGGGGACCGGAAGGUCUCGUCCAGGGGUCUCUCCUGCCUGGUCUGGACCAACACCUCCAGAGACUAUGAUGUCAGGAUCCACCCCGACUCUGAAGCAGGUGUUGGCGAGCACAACUCCUGCAGGAACCCGGACGCCUCCGCCGGCCCGUGGUGCUACGUCUGGGGCCCGGACGGGACGGCCCAGAGACAGGCCUGCUCCGUGGACCCCUGCACAGAGGUUGCCGGCGCAGCAGCCAGAGGGAGCCCAGCGGCCUCGCCCCAGGGGACAGACCCCCCCUCCCAGGCGGGGGGGCUGGAGCCAGCCACGACGGGCCCUCCGGGAGAGGUGGUCCCCCUCCAGCCCGUCGGGGGCCAGAGCCAGCGGGUUCGCAGUACACCAAAGACGAAGAAGAAGGACCUGGGGACUCUGGGUUACGUCUUUGCGGUCAUGAUGAUGGUUGUGAUCAUCGCCAUGGGAGCUGGGAUCGCGCUGGGCUACUUCUACAAGAGGGGCCAGGACAUAAAGAAGAAGCACGAGCAGCGAGUGUACGAGCGGGAGAUGCAGAGGAUCACGCUGCCGCUGUCCGCCUUCUCCAACCCCACCUGCGAGCUGAUGGACGAGACCAGCAUCGUGGUCACGGUGGAGCCGGACGCAAGGGACGGGGGAGAGCCUCUGAUUGGCCAGCAGGCCGGGACCCCAGGGGCCUAAGCCUGAGGACUCUCCAUAUAAGAAAAGAAAAAAGAAAAAAAAGACGUCUAAGCAUGGACUAAUUAAUGUGUGCAUGUGUACAAGUCGGGGACCACGGGUCAAUCCAAGGUUUAAAAGAAAUGUCAAUGAACACCGAAAACAAUCCGGAAGAAUCUCCAAACCCCUACAAGAUGGCCUUCUGAAUGUAUGGUUGCAUCAGUCCAUUGAUCACUUCAUUCUCAACUCAAACUUCUCCUACUACUGCGUCACACAGCGUCACUGCAGUCGAUAAGACAACAGAACUGCCCUCUAUAUCCUCAGGUUAAGGAGAACCAGGAAGUAAGUGUGUGUGUGUGUGUGUGUGUGUGUUUGUGUGUCAGCCCCAUUGGGGGACUUGGGCCUCCGGUCUUUGUUGUCCGUGUCAAAUGACUAAGAGGAUUGCGUGAACGCCUUGACCUACAUGUCAAUUCUGUGACCAUUCCAUGUACCUUGUAUUCAAAAACAAAGAAAGAACAAACGUCAAUGUCCCCUUAGCAACUGGGAUUUAUUUCAUUGCGUACAGCAGAGAUGUGCUGCAUGUUGUUAUUUACAGCUUUAGUGUUUCCGGCUUGUCAAUCACAUAACACGUCAAUCUAGCUGUGUUGCUGUUAUUAUAUUGUCUGUUGUCAGAAUUACUGAUGCUGAACUGAAGUUGAACAUUUUAUUACUUGUAUGAUUGCAGUUGCAACUCCAAUAAAAAGUUUUUGUAAAUAUC